AUGGCUUUCGAGACCGUGACCUCCAUCCCCAAAGAUGCCGAGUAUGACUUUGUCAUUGUCGGAGGAGGCACAGCUGGCUGUGUCAUCGCCUCGCGACUCACCGAAUAUUUGCCCAACAAGAAGGUUCUCUUGAUUGAGGCCGGCCCAAGCGACUUCAUGGACGACCGUGUAUUGCUGCUCAAGGACUGGCUCAACCUUCUCGGAGGCGAACUCGACUACGACUACGGCACUACCGAACAGCCCAAUGGCAACUCUCACAUCCGUCACUCGCGUGCAAAGGUCCUCGGUGGCUGCUCAUCACACAACACCCUCAUCUCUUUCAGGCCGUUUGAGUAUGACUGCAAGAGGUGGGAAGCUCAAGGCUGCAAGGGCUGGAGCUUCAAGACCUUCAUGCGCGUACUUGACAACCUGCGCAACACCGUUCAGCCCGUGCACGAGAAGCACCGAAACCAGCUUUGCCUCGACUGGAUCGACUCAUGCUCAACCGCCAUGGACAUCCCUGUGAUCCAUGAUUUCAACCAAGAAAUCAAGACCAAGGGUGCGCUCAAGCCCUCCGUCGGUUUCUUCUCAGUAUCAUACAACCCCGACGAUGGCCGACGAAGCAGCGCUAGUGUCGCCUAUAUUCACCCCAUCCUUCGUGGUGAGGAGAAGCGCGAUAACUUGACCGUGCUCACCAACGCGUGGGUCAGCAAAGUAAACGUCCAGGGCGAGAAGGUCACCGGCAUUGACCUCACAUUCCAAGACGGCGAAAAGCGCACGCUCAACCCCAAGUGCGAGACCAUCCUCUGCGCAGGUGCUGUCGACACCCCACGUCUAAUGCUCCUCUCUGGUCUCGGUCCCAAGCAACAGCUCUCCGAUCUCGGCAUCCCUGUCGUAAAAGACAUCCCCGGUGUUGGUGAGAACCUGCUAGACCACCCUGAGAGUAUCAUCCUCUGGGAGCUGAACAAGCCCGUACCCGCAAACCAGACCACUAUGGACUCCGACGCAGGAAUCUUCCUCCGCCGCGAGGUACCCAACGCAGCAGGUGGUGACGGUGACAUUGCCGACAUCAUGAUGCACUGCUACCAAAUCCCCUUCUGCCUAAACACCGCUCGCAUGGGCUACGACUCCCCCAUCGACGCCUUCUGCAUGACGCCCAACAUUCCCCGCCCCCGCUCUCGCGGCCGCAUCUACCUCACAUCCGCGGACCCUACCGUAAAGCCUGCCCUCGACUUCCGCUACUUCACCGACCCGGAAGGCUAUGACGCCGCCACCAUUGUCGCGGGUCUGAAAGCCGCCCGAGAAAUUGCCAAGCAAGCUCCCUUCUCCAACUGGAUCAAGCGCGAGGUCGCACCCGGACCCAAGGUGAACACCGACGAGGAGUUGUCUGAGUACGGUCGUCGCGUCGCACACACUGUCUACCACCCCGCUGGCACAACCAAGAUGGGUGAUGUGACUAAGGAUGAGAUGGCUGUUGUGGACCCUGAGCUGAAGAUCCGAGGUCUCAAGGGCGUUAGGAUUGCGGAUGCAGGUUGUUUCCCCGAGAUGCCUACUAUCAACCCCAUGUUGACUGUACUGGGUAUUGGUGAGCGGGCGGCGGAGUUGAUUGCGCAAGAGUGGGGAUGGAAGGGUCUGCAGAAGGAGAGGUUGUAA